AUGAGCCAUCACCACGGUGGGCAUCGUAGCCGGAAGCAUCCCAAAGAUGACUACCAACGCCAUGACUACUUCGAGACACCAGACCAGAAGCUACGGAAGAGUAUUGUGAGCUUUGGAGAAGUGGAUCCACUCCAAGAGCUCCCCCGCCUCGUGAAACAGAUUGUUGAGCACGAACCUGCAAAUGUACCCAUCGUCGCUGAGGGUCUCCGCAUAGGUGUGACCGAGCAGCCCUUCAAAAUCCCUUACUAUGCAGCUUUGCUUCGCCUUCUCUUCGACCAACCUGCUGUCGAGAGCUCCGCAACGUCAUUCGGAAAGCAAGUGUUUGAAGACUUCUGGAAGGGGUUUCAAACAUUCCUCGACAAGCAAGCAUGGCGAGAGACCAGACUCUGUGUUCAAUUCUUCGCGCACCUGACUAUCGCUCGCGUCAUCUCUGUCCCUACUCUCUACUCGCUUCUCAAGUCCUUCGCCGACGUGCAUUUAGAGAUCAACACGUCUCAAGGGCGGGCGACCAAAGCGUUACUGUGUGCAGCGGAGGGGCUCGUUAUCGCCGGCGCUGUCAUCAAGCAAGAGUCGUCAUCUCCCGAGGAAGCUUCAUCAAAAGUCGCCCAAAUCAUCGACGCGCUGAAAUCUCAUAUCGACGCUACACAAGACUCGAAAUUCCUGGUUCAACCGCUUGUCCAGUUGCAUUCGACAAAUUUUGUUCUUGAGAAUGCCGAUGAGUGGCUGGACUGCGCACUUGCUGCCCUGCAGACUUUGGAUGGUCAAGACUUCGCUCAAACAGCGGAAUGUGUGCCUCAGCCGUACAUGGAAUCUCCUCCUUUUGCGGACACUCCGUAUGAUCUGCCGCUCGUGCUCGUACCUCCUGAAGUCGAAGAAGAAACGUUGACCACCGACACUGGGGAGGACGCCAUAGUCAAAAAGGAAGAGUGGCCAAGAUGCUACGUUCGCUUGUUCGACGACGACAUUACACCAGACCCCACUUCUCCAGCGGGAUUUAUUCUCCGUUCAAAUAUACUCGACAUCGUUGACAUCUUCGAGGUCAAUCGCAAGGAGUGCGCUCGCUUGCUGCUAGAGUAUCCGAAGUGGACGGUUCCUGGUACCUUCGUUGCACGUUCAGGUGCUCCACCGCAGCCUACCGUUGAAGGCAGAAAUUGGCUCCUCGACAACACGCUGAUUGAGACAAUACUCGGAAGCAAUUUCGUUCUUCCAGAAUCAAAUCACAAGUCAGUGUACUACAUUGCACUGAUAACUGAGCUAUGCAAGACUUCACCACAGACCGUGGGUCCUGCCGUUGGCAAGUCGGUCAGAAGGCUUUUCUCGCUCCUCGCAGAUGGUCUCGAUGUCGAGGUUGCGCAUCGCUACGCCGAAUGGUUUUCCGUGCAUCUUAGCAAUUUCGGGUUUUCUUGGCCAUGGAAGGAAUGGGAACCCGAUCUUUCUCUUGUGCCCCAACAUCCCAAGCGCACUUUCAUGCGUAAAGUCGUUGAGCUCGAGAUACGGCUUUCGUACCAUGACCGUGUCUCGCGUGGACUCCCGGAGUCUAUGGUGGCAGCAGACGCCCAGGUCAUCUCUGUGGAGGCUCCUGGCCCUGAGUUCGAGUUUGAAGACGCCGAGCACCCAGACUACGAAGCGGCGCAAAGUGUUCUCAAUCUCCUCCGUGGACGAGCAAAACCUGACGACGUCAUGGCGCACCUCGAAACCCUGCGCAACGGUCUCACCGAGACCGUCGAGCCGGACGUCAAUGUCGACUCCCUCCUGCGCUCCAUUGCCGUCCAGUCGCUGUUGUCGAUCGGCUCGCGCUCCUUCUCUCACUUCCUCAACGCCAUCGAGCGCUAUCUCCCCCUCCUCCGCAACCUCGCCGUCGGCGCGAUCUCGACGGCUCCCGCGAAUCCGACUACAGAUGCGGUCGUCGAGGCGCGCACGGACAUCAUGAGCGCGGUCGCGACCGUCUGGCGGCGGAGUCGGCACCAGGUGCUGAUCGUGUUCGACAAACUGAUGCAGUACCAGAUCGUCGAGCCCUCCAACGUCGUCGUCUGGUCGUUCGCGCACUGCACGGCUGCAACCGACGGCGUACGCAAGCAGACGUUCAACGCGUUCCAGUGGAACGUGCUCAGGAGCGCGCUCGACAAGGCGAACGGGCGUGUGAUGGUCCAGCGCAGGAAGAUUGCCGCGCUCAGGCGCGAGGCGGAUGACAAGGCGGCGCGGGCGAUUGCGGGGGAAAACGCGGCAAUGGAGGUAGACACGGAGCCUCAGCCAGUGGCGGCUGCGCCUGCUGGAGAGUCCCCCCAGCUCACUACUGCGGUCAACGCGUUCAAAGUCCUCAGCACCGAACAAAAAAUGGCCCUCUCCAAAGCGUUCGAAGGUUUCAUCGGAUGCCUGGCGGUCGAUGACAUCAGCCCUGCUGUCGGCGAAGUGAUCACCGAGCACUCGUGGCACAACCGCGCAAACUGGGAGAACGACGCUUGGGAGACCUGGGAGACCUGGGGCUGGUACCGUCAUUGGAGCCGCACUUUCUCGCCUUACCUGAGGAACUAUGUGGAGACUUUCGAGAGCCUGGCGAUGACAAAAAUUACCGCCAGUGGUCCUGUCGCCGACAUGUUCCGCCAGACGUGGAGCAUCGCUUCCGGCCAAAUGGCUUGA